AUGGAUUUAACAGUUGUCGGAUCUAUUAAUACCGACCUCAUUUGGUUAGUUCUAUUAUUUCCCCACAUUACCUAUUUCUAGCUAUUCUGGUAGAUUUCCGCUCCCAGGAGAAACUAUCGAAGGGACCAAAUUUGCAAUCGGAUACGGCGGCAAGGGUGCAAAUCAGUGUGUCGCUGCAAGAAAGCUAGGUGCAGCAGUAUCUCUUGUUUCUCGGGUAAUUAUUCUGACCUUAGUAUAAUUACCAUAGGUUGGAGAUGAUGCAUUCGGCCGAAGUUAUCUGGAAUAUUUGAACCGAAUUGGGGUCGAGACAGGUAUUUCAUCUUGUGAAAGUGGUUUCUUACCUAUUACCUUUCACUUUUUGACUUGGACUCCGUCUUGAAUAAUACAUCUUGUUUAACCCCAGUCCCAGUAGCGAACAUUCAACAAGCAACUUCCAAACUUUUGGGUUACAGUCCUACUGAGAACAGCAGACGCCCUCAUUUGGAUGUCCGCUCGCUGUCUAUUGCUCCAAAAUGUGUCUUUCUUUGGGCAAAGAUCAUGCUAUCCUAGCCACCAACAUACACCACAACAGUCCCAACUACGGUAUACAAAUAUUAUUCGGGUUCCAUCUAGUAUGGAAGACGGAAAGACGGGUUGCCCGUUAACCUAACUGUUGGCUACCCGGCGCGUCCACUGGUGGCGGAUAGUGGGACGGCCUUCAGUGAAGGUUGGCUGCGAGAUAAGCAGACCCAGGUCUGGCGAAUAAGCAGUCUCGGACCAGCGGCGACAGUGCUACCAGGGUGCGGACGGCUAAGGUCUGGCACACUGAAAACCUUAUAAAAAAGCCGCAAAGCCCAAUGACGGCACUGCGACAUUGCGACCGUGAACCGCCAUUAAAUAAGUUUGUUUGCCAUCGCUGCGUUGUGGUUAGGCUUUUAGGCCAAAGUGCUAAAGGAGAAAAUCUCGAACAAACAAUCUGAGCGGCUGUUGGCGAUCUGUCUGUACUAAAAAUUCUCAAGAAACCUCAUGAAAUAUGUCCGGCUACAGUAUUACGACCCAUGCUACGGCGUCCGCGGGAAGCGGCGCGAUCCGCAACCCUGGUCCAGUGGUGCUGGUGAAUAGUGUACGAGCUGGACUACCCAAUCGGGAACGAACUCUUGGUAUUGGAUGCUGGAAUGUGCGAACGUUCCUGGAACCCGGUACCCAAAGUCUGGUCUCGCAUCCUUAAUCAGCACAGCGUGAAUGUUUUCUGCCUGUCUUAAGUUUGACUUCUUGACACAGGCUCUCGAGAACUAAAGAUCCCUGGAGUCGAAUCACACUUCAUCCUGCACCACUGCGGCCUACGCGACUCUUCUAGUAGACACGGUCUGGCAAUCGCUCUCGCAACAAGCGGACCUCGCUUUACUUGCUUGGGAACCAGUCAAUAACCGGAUGACCUACGUGCGACUGAAGGGUUACUUGACGAACAUAUCCAUUGUCUCUGUGUACGCACCAACUUCAGGUGUCGAACAGCGCGAUAAAGAGGCGUUUUACUCGCAGUUGCAAGCGUUAGCUAAAAGACUGCCUCGUCGCGAUCCGCUGAUUGUUGCUGGUAAUUGGAAUGGUCGAACUGGACCUGACGACCCCACAACCAGUCAUCUUCUUGGCCGCUUUGGGCUUGGUUGCCGAUGUGAAGAUGUCGAGAGAUUGAUAAACUUCGCUGGCCAGAACCGACUCCUUGUCGCCAACACGUGCUUUCAACAUCGCAAAAAACAUCUACUGACCUGGUAUUCAAACGACGGUCAUGCGACUAGUCAGAUUGACUACAUACUAGUCACCUCAAGGUUCCGCAGCUGGGUUCACGAUAGCAGAUCGGAGCGUGAUGCCGAGACUGGCAUCGCCCAUGGGUCGGACCAUGUCAUCGUACACGCUUGAAAGUUCAGCUCUCAUUCGCCCCAAAAAUGCCACAUCCUAGUCGCCUCGAUGUCGCCAAAAUCCGGCAAACCAGCACCUUUGAGGCCCUGAGCAGAGAAGUCCGGUCCUGUUUUACGACCUGAGACGACAGAGAAGACAGUAACCAGUGGUCGUCAUUGAAAACGUCAGUCUAUGGGGCUUCUGAGAAAAUACUUGGGUGUACCCAGGGACACCGCAGUGACUGGAUCAGUGGAAGAACCCUGCAGGUGUCUGGUCAGACGGCUCGAGUCAGGCCCCGCUAUGAUGUUUCUUUUCACCAACUCCGAAAGAUGACAGCAAAGUCAGCCAGGAAUGACCUGAAGCAAUAUUGGGCUGGAACAGCGAUCUGCAUGGAACAGACCUCGGACUUUGGUGACACUCGAAAACUCUAUCGACUUAUAUGCCAAGUUAAUGCUGAAUGACUGUCCGCGACUUGUCCGCCAGGUUGGUGGUAAGCCCUCUAUACUGAGUUCGCGACGUGGAUGGCGGCUUUAUUGCUGACAACUCGGCCAAAGUCAAGCGCUGGCGUGAGCACUUCGAGCAUCAUCUCAACUUCGAUACCCAACCCACCACGCCUUUGGUUUUGUCUGCAGCUGAGUUUAUUCCUUCCAAACUAUGCAGUGUCAUGCGAUCUCCCUUCUGAAAGGGAAGUCGUCGAUGCCAUACGAAAGCUAUGCAACAAGGCACCCGGAGAGGACGGCAUACCCGCUGAAAUCUAUCAGUUUUGUAUCGACACUCGGGUGCCCCCGCUCUAUGAGGCGAUUAGUCAAGCGUGGAGAAACGAGGUUGUUCCUGAUGACUGGGACUUAGGCGUCCUUGUACCUAUCCUCAAGACAAUAUGCGAUAACUACCGCGGCCUAAACCUCAUCGGCGUUUCUGCGAAGAUCUCCUCUAUUGUUCUUCUCAGACGAUUCAGUGCUGUGCGUGACUCCAGUACGAGGUCUAACCAAGCCGAGUUUUGUGCUGGACGUGGAUGUGCGGGCCAGGUAUUCACGCUGAGGCGCAUUCUCGAAUUCCGCCAUAGCUUCCAGCAGCCAUCGGCCUUCUACUUUGCUGUCUUUGCCGCCGCGUUCGACUCCGUUCAUCGUAAGUCACUGUAGCAGAUAAUGGAACUAGAUAGUGUAACGCCAAAAAUCAUCGCCAUGAUCAAGGCCUAUUAUAGCUUAACCAUCGCGAGAGUUUUGGCCCACAACAAUUUUCCCCAACCGUUUGGUAUUCGGUCUGGCGUCCGACAGGGUUGUAUCCUGUCGCCCAUUCUGUUCAACUACACUAUUGACUGGACCCUCGGGAGGGCUCUACCCGAAGGUGACGGUGUUUAGCAUGCAGCCGGACACCGACUGACCGAUCCCGACUAUGCCGAUGAUAUCGCUGUACUAGCUUCAAGUUUUGGUGAUCUGCAGUCUAUGGUUUCGCGAGUGAACGAGGUCUCUUAGUCGAUCGGUGUACUCAUAAACGUUGGGAGGAUUGGAGUGUUUUCAAGUUGCGCUAGAUGUGUUAUUCCCCCAGUUUCAUAGCGUGUGCCUUUAAAACAAUAUCUUAUCAAUCAAGCAGUAAAGGUCCACAAUUUAUUGUGUUUCUUUCGUUUUCACCCUUGUCUAUAUUCACUUUUCCAAGUGUUGUUCCUCCUCACGUUUCUUUUUGCGGUGGCAGCAUUUCUAUGCUGCUGUCCACCUCUUGUAAUCUCUGGCUUCAGCAGCCAACGCGACAUUCACACUGCCCUUUCGCAACAUUUUCUCUUUUAUUGUUCAAAAGUACUUUCCUCACGAUUUCGCUGGACGAGCGAUCGAAACCUAUCUGAGAUUUUUAUUUUAGCAUCUAUUUCUCCUCAGGUUUUGAUAAUGCCGUGCUAGCGGGACAAAAGGUCAUCAAUGAUACGCUAAUAAUAUUCAAGUGGUUUAAGGGCGGAAACUCACCAAUGUGCUUUAAGCCGUCAGUGUAAUUUAGUCUUUAUUCAUUUCUCGCCCUAUUCGCCCUCCUCGUGCUAUUCUUCUCCCAGACCCGUCCUAGAAUCUUACAUCAUCAUCUAAUCUCUAAGGAAUUUCGUCCAGUGGCGAAUUUGAAAAGUUACCCGUACAGCUUACCUUCCAGAUACCUGUUUUUCACUGGCGUGCUACUUACGAUCUAUAAGGCCUCGAGUACUAUGCCACUAGUGUUGACAGCAAGCAGAUAAUUGCUUGUAUUUCUGGCUUGAGCUCUGCCUUUCGAAAUAUUUUAGUGAGAAACGAAUUUAUGCUUGCCUAGAGUUCUUUCUGACUCCCUGCGGGUAACCGGUCUUUAUUGCGUGUAUUUCUCAAGCGGUAUAUCACUUACGUAUUCGUACCUUUUAGAAACUGUGCCACUGAGUACGACGGCUGCCAGUGGCGUUGCGGUUAUAACUGUCGAACAGACAUUUGGGAACAACCAUAUUAUCAUUGUUCCGGGCGCAAACAACGAAAUCUCAAUUGAUGACUUCGAUGAAGCCGUCAAAAAGGGACUGGUUUCGCAGAAAGUCAUGGUUUGCCAGUUUGAGGCAUGUGUCAUUUUUCCUGUUUCAUUGUUAAUUCGCAUAUUAUUUUUAUUUGACCUGUUCUCUAACCCACGUUUUUAUGUUUCUGCGCCAUAACAGGCACAAUGGCAUUAUGCGUUAGUGUUUCCUCCCCCUCUAGCAAAGUACAAUCACCUCACCCAUCGACGUCUUUGGAGCAUUUCUGUAGCCUUGCCGACUGACGCAUCAUUUUGCCUCCUUAGCUCAAAUUUAGGACAGGGUUUAUGAUCCGGAAAGUUGUCUUUUGGCCUAUCUGGCUUGGUAUGUGGCACACGGACUGGCAGAUGCAUGUUUGGCAACGUCGCUGGAGAUAUCCACCGAACUUCAAGACUCUGUCCUCCCUUAGUAAUCGUCUGGCCAAUUUAUCUUAACCUCAGUUCAAUCGUGGCCGAAGCUCUUUCUCAUCUACGAGUGUUGUAUACAACAGGCUUUGCAAAACCUUACAUUUAUACAGAACAGUAAAAGCCAGUCGUUUUUACAUACCAGUUAGAAAUUGAACUCGCCAACUAAGUCUAAAUUUUACCUAUGUCCUUUGUUAACUAGCAGGAAUGUCUAGUUUCUGUAACCAAAGCAAUUUUACCUUAGAAGUCUACGAUUUUUAUUUACCGUCUUUGGUUUUGGCACACCUAGGUUGUCGUUACAGAGAAACUCCUGGUAUUACCGCCGAAACGUCGUUUUCGGUUUUCUGUAUGUAAGACAUUAAUUGCUAAAACAGGUAUUCACAUAACCUCGGUUGAGGUAAUUCGGUUGGUUACUCCAUUCCGUUCUCAUUCCUCCGGAAUUUGUUGUGAGGGCCUUUACACGAUAACUGAUGUUCUAAACUGUUUUUGGAUAAUGAUGUUUUAUAUUAUAAUCUUCAAGGCUAACGCCGCUGCCACUCUUCAUGCCAUGGAAUGGGCCAACGCACACGACGUCCUGACCAUACUGGACCCUGCACCAGCCCCUUCCUCGGACUCAGCCUUUGCACCCCUGCUGCCGCGUUUCCUGGCGGCUUCGAGCAUUGUCUGCCCCAACGAAACCGAGGCCGCUGCUAUCACCGGCAUUCCUAUACCGGAAGUAGAGCUCGAGCAGAUUCCUCAGGCCUCAAUUCCCUGGCUCCUCGAUCUUUGGAAGCGUGGCGUUAAGUACCCUCUAGUGACCUUGGGACUGAAUGGAGUAAUUGCCCUCCUACCCAGAUCUGAGGGUAACCUCGUUACAGCCGUCGAUGUACGUGUCCUUCAUUGUGAUCAUUUGCCUGCUGACAAAGCCAUUUUCCAUCUACGUGCGCCGGUCCUUUCAAAGCCGCUGGACACUACAGUAAGUGCGAUGUGCAUGUCCCCACAUGUCUUGUAGCUUAACCUUGCAAAUGCCCAUCCAACUUGUUUUUUGUAAUCUAGGGAGCAGGUGACUGCUUUACUGGGUCCCUGGCCUUCUACAUGUCGAAGCACCCCUGUCUGAAGAUGGUGGAAAAAAUUCGUCGCUCCGUAUGGAUUUCGAGCCAGUCUGUUCUGCGUAUGGGCACGCAGUCGAGUUUCUACUCUCGCGAUGAGCUGCCUGCUAGCCUGUUUGACGAUGAUGGGGAAUUUAGGUGGCCCUAA